ACUGGUGUUUCAAAUCGGUAACGCUUGCUGGGAACUUUAUUGCCUUGAGCACGGGAUUCAAAACAAAAAAGGAUAUCAAUAAUUGCAUAGCUAAUAAAUUUCCUAUUUCUUUAAUCAUAUCUAGCCCUGAUGCUGGCAAACAUGUUCCACGUACUGUGUUCGUUGAUUUAGAACCCACCGCCGUCGAUGAAGUUCCCCGUGGUCAUUAUACUAUUGGUAAAGAAAUUGUCGAUCUCGUUCUUGAUCGUAUUCGUAAGCUCGCUGAUAUCUGCACUGGACUUCAAGGAUUCUUGAUAUUCCACUCCUUUGGUGAAGGUACUGGAUCCGGUUUUGGAGCUUUACUUUUGGAACGUCUCUCCGUUUCAACUGCUGUUGUCGAACCUUAUAAUUCUAUUUUGACAACCCACACCACAUUGGAACAUUCAGACUUUGCUUUUAUGGUUGACAAUGAAGCUAAUUUAUGA